UUCCAUCCAUCUCCCAGAGUCCCAAACUCAUAAUUAGCACCCAAAACCCAGACAAAAAUGUCGCCCCUCUCAAAGCCAAGAUCAGCCACAAGGACUCUCAAGCGCAUCAUAUUUCUCUCCCUCCUCCUUCCAUGUCUCCCCCAGCCUCUCCCCUCGCUUUCCCCCUCUCCCGCCCCGGCGCCGCCGUCCCUGCCGCUGUCGCCGUUCAACGAGCGCCUGGACGCGGCGUACAUCGCGUUCCAGGCGUGGAAGCACGUCAUCACCGAGGACCCCAAGAACCUGACGGCUGACUGGUGCGGCCCCUUCGUGUGCAACUACACCGGCGUGUUCUGCGCCGCCGCGCCCGACGACCCGUGCAUCCUCACCGUGGCCGGCGUCGACCUCAACCACGGACGCCUAGCCGGCGAGCUCACCGACCACCUGGGCCUCCUCGCCGACCUCGCCGUCCUCCACCUCAACUCCAACCGCUUCUGCGGCACCCUCCCGCCGUCCAUGCAGCACAUGCGCCUCCUCUACGAGCUCGACGUCAGCAACAACCUCCUCUCCGGCGCCUUCCCCUCCUUCCUCACCUCGCUACCGUCGCUCAAGUACCUCGACCUCCGCUUCAACGACUUCGACGGCCAGCUCCCGCCGGCAGUCUUUGGGCGGCAGCUCAGCCUCGACGCGCUCUUCGCCAACGACAACCGCUUCAACGUCUCGCUCUCCAGCGGCGGCAUCACCAACUCCACCGCCUCCGUCAUCGUGCUCGCCAACACCGCGCUCGCCGGCUGCCUCCCGCCCACCAUCGGCGACAUGGCCGACACGCUCGUCGAGCUCGUCCUGCUCAACACCAGCAUCAGCUCCUGCAUCCCGCCGGAGAUCGGCAAGCUCAAGAAGCUCAAGGUGCUCGACCUCAGCCACAACGAAUUCGCCGGGGAGCUGCCGGACAGCAUCGGCGACAUGGAGAGCCUCGAGGUGAUCAACGUCGGCUACAACUUGCUCUCCGGCGCGGUGCCGGAGUCCGUCUGCCUGCUGCCGAACCUCAAGAACCUCACCCUCGUCGGCAACUACUUCUGCGACGAGCCCGUGUCCUGCCUCCACAUCCCCAAGCGCGACGACCGGAUGAACUGCAUCCCCGACUGGCCGCACCAGCGAUCGCACGAGCAGUGCGUCGCCUUCGACCACCGCCCGCCGGUGCACUGCGCCGCCGACGGCUGCAUCCUUCCGCCAUCCGCGCCGCCGCGACCGCCGUAG